AUGGAGGCAACGUUCAAGGCUCCUAAGAAACUGGUUUUUAACCAGGAUAUUCACAACAACCUAAAUAGUUUUUUGGAUAGUCUUGAAAUCUAUUUAGUAGCAACUGGAUUAAAGGAUAAAGAUGAUGAAACAAAAGUAGCAAUUUUGUUAAACAUCGCGGGCGAGGAGGCUCAGAAAAAGUUUAGAACAUUCAACUUAACAAGCGAAGAAAAGAAGAAUUUCGAUACAGUGGUAGCAGCGUUUGAAAACUAUUGCAAACCUUUGAGGAACGAAACGUACGAUAGAUACAAGUUUUUUACUAGGAAACAACAAGAAGGGGAGACUUUCGACAGCUUCGUUACAGACAUUAAGGAUCUGGCCAAUUUGUGUAACUUUGGAACACUGCAGGAUUCAUUAAUCAGGGACAGAAUUGUUAGUGGAAUCUUGGAUGCAUCACUUCAGGAAAGGCUGUUACAAUAUCCACAACUAACACUGGUUAAAGCGGAGGUUUUAUGUAGGAGCUCCGAAACGAGUAAAAAACAAGCGAGAGAACUACACAAUGAAAAAGAAGUAGAUGCUGUAGGUGAAAGUAGAUACAAAAAUAAAAACCAAGUAAGAAACACAGUACAAGAAGUUAAGGACUACAAUUGCUUCAAAUGCGGCAAACGACAUGGUCCGAGAAGUUGUCCGGCGUUCGGGAAGAAAUGUUCGGUAUGUAAGAGCGGGGUCGAAGAGUCCAGAGAUCCAAACCCCUCGGUCAAUUCUUUGGGCAAUGAAGAAUUAGACGAACAGACCAGACCUUCUGACAUGUUAGCACUCCAGUCAGCUUUGAUGCAACAGACCCGCAUGAUCCAAUUACUGGUCAACCAACAGCAGGAGCUCAACAAGGUGUUGCUCAAAUCUAUGAGUCACCCGUCUUCCACUGGGGCUUCUUCCUCCAAUCCCACGACAGUAGUGUCUACUGACAAGUCCGGCGAAGCUGGAUCAACGGGAAAUGGGAGAAUUAUGAUGGUCGGCGCCGGACCCGCCAAGGGAAGACCCCCCAAUUCCGCUCAUUGA